UACCAACACCUCACACUACCACUGGCAUCUGAGAGAGAGAGAGAGAGAUAGAGAGAGAGACAGAGAGAGAGAGAGAGAGGGGAGAUGAAUGUUAUGCAUGCUAUGUCCCAAACAUAUACCACAUGCCAAUCCUACAUGGUACCAAACUUUCUGAAGAACAACGGACAAUGGAAGAACAAUGGCCACCACAGAGCCCAGAUCGCAACAUCAGAGAGCAGAAAAUGCAACCAACUCCUAAGACUGAACUUUGAGGUGUAGACAAAUUUCCCUGCAACAUGAAAGCAGGUAUCCCGAAAAGAAUGGAUCUGUACACAAAAUGUUCACAUCCCAGGCCUGAAUUUCAGUGCGGGAUUGCGGUUAUUGUGCAUAAUUUCUACGAUUUCCACAAAUCUAACAAUUACAAUUCCCACAGACUUUUACAGCGAUGUUCAGCCAACAUUUGCACCAGUGUGGACUGGCCUAACGGACUGACUUCCACCCUGGACAACGCACUUGCCGCUCUCUCUCCCUCUAUGUACGAGCCUACGAGCAGCCUCUGCUGCUGCAGCACCUCUCGCUAACAUUUACAGACAGGUUUCAAUGAUGUGGACUUAAAGGUAUGCAAACAUGGACUGCUGACUGAAGUGGAACCUGUUCAGAAAAAAACACCUGAACCCAAAAGGGCUGGCGUAAACAGCAGUUCUAGAGAGGUCAACGUUAACGACAUCAAUCCUCCAGAUCCUCAGUCAGGUAACAGUAACGUUAGCGGGGUGAAGCAGCAGUCCAAAGGCAAGUUUCAGACUAACUGGCUCAGAAUAUUUCCGUGGCUCGAACUUAACAUCGAUGAAAUGAGCUGCUCGAUUUGUAAAAUGUACGGUGCUGCGUCUUUUACCAGCCGAUGUUACAAAACAUCAACUUUAAGGCGCCACUCAGAAGCCGAUUCUCAUACUGCAGCCUUGAAAAGAAAGAGUGAGGCAGAUUCAGCAAAGAAUGUGAUGGCUAAAGCUACUGAAGUUGCGCAGUUGCAGUGUGAGGAGGAAACAAAGGGGCUUCUCAAAACCUACUUUAUAGCAGAAAACGAAUUGGCUAAUUCAAAAUUUGGUCAUCUGGUUAAAUUCAUGAAAGAGAUGAAGUGUCCUUCUUUCAAAAAUGCUUUCAAAAAGAAUGGGAGAAGGUAAGACCUAUACUUAGGCUCACAAGUAAUAUUCCCCCCAAAAGUGUAUAAAUCCCCCCUGUAUGAAACAUUUAAGGAGGGAAUUUCAGGCCCUGAUAUAUCACACUGUGUUGUGGUAAACGAACUAAUUGAGAGGUUCUGCUGCUCUGCCGAUACACAUCAUAUCAAGCUUACCAACUUGUAGGAUGCUUUGGAGCUAUCUCUGAAUUAGGAUUUUUGUUUUUCAUUAACUGUUGUUUUUAUUCUAUAUUUUUCACACUGAUUUAUUCACUAAUGUUACAAGUAAGCUCAGGCUUGAUCUUGUUAGCUAGCUACUUAGUUCCAGUCAUAUAACAGGCUCCUUUUUCUUUGAAUGUGGAGAGACCAAAAUACUCUAAACUAAAGGUGAAAUUACUGUUUUUAAAAAUUAUUUGAAAUCACUGGUAAAAUCUAACGAAAACUUCACAAUUAGUUUGUAGCAUUUGGCCCAAAAAUGCUUGAUUUUUCGGGUUGUUCUGUGCACAACCAGGGGGGCUUUCUCCGCUAGUGCCACAAUAUCAUAGCUUUGUGACACAUUACAAUCAGAAUAUAACCUCACACACCUCACUACAAUAUCACGGCCUCUACAGACCACAAUCCAGAAUGUUCAGCUUUCCUCUCAGGAUCUGUUGAUUCAAAUCUGUGUUGUAAUGAGCUAUAAUACGAUUAUGAGAAAGGCUAGAGGAGAUUAGAUCGGUGAGGUGGAAAAUAUCCUUCGAAAUACUAGAUGUCCUCCUUUUAGCCUUUGAUCUAGCAUGCCCACCAACUGUUAGCAUCCAGUGCUAACAGGUGCUAUCCAGUCAAUUUUGUGUCUGAAGGUUCUUUGAACUGCUGGCUGCUCUGCGAGGGGACAUAAAAGAGUAUGUGUGUGCCAAUGCAAGCAGAAAGUCUUUGGCAGCCAGUCAGACUGAACUCCACUGUUGGCCGUAUUGCUGCUCAGCCAACCAUACUGACUUAUAAACCAGUUACUUAACAUAAAAGCAGCUUCCUGUCAAGUGUUAUUUUUAUAAGAAUGAGAGGGCAUUAGGGGGCUGUAAAUGGUUGCUGAAACACGGUUCUCCCUGAGACAGGAAACACAGGCCAGCUGUAUCCACUCCCUCCCAGAGAUGGAAGAAGAGCUUUUCUCUCCAGCUCUGAAGGCCACAGCACUACAAAGAAUGCUGUCUCGCUGUUCCCUUCUGCAGCUGGUCUUGGCUCUUGGGGUGAUUUUGCCGCCGGCUACAGACUCGCAGGGCACUGAGAGCCACACUGGACUGCCUCCUGUGGAUUGGGAUGACCAUCUGUUUACAGAAAAUCUGACAGCUGCAGCAGCAACAGAGUCUACGAUCCACUCAGUUACAGCUGGAGCUUCAGAUCCUGUGGAAACCGCCACCCCAAGUGUUAUUCCAAGAGGAUUUGAUGACCGCGCCAUGCCCACUGUCAGCCCCAUGACCGCAGAGCCAAUCAUAACCUCCAGCGAUUGCAUUUGUGAUCUCACGCCAGAUUUCUGUGACAUCGGCUGCUGCUGUGAUGUGGUGGAUUGUGGAGUUGCCAACCUGAGCUCUGUUUUCAGUGGAUGCAGGCAGGAAACCAGGCCUGGAGUGUGUGUUGAGAGCUGGCUGAUGUUCCGAGCCAACGUGGACCCCCAGCUGGUGACAGUGACUGACUCGCUCUUCUGCGUUCGGAAAGGGAACGAGAUGGACGUAGUAGCGCAGACCCUGCCUGCCCUCUCUGAGGGGCCGUUCUCCAUCUUCUCUCCUCAUUUCUCAAUACGGGAGCCCACCCCCUACCGCAGCCGCAACUCAAGCUUCUACAAGGUGGACGACAUCAUUCUGACAUAUUACAACAACACAUCCAUAGUGAGCGUGCUCAGACACCCAUCGCCAGGGGCGGCAUCUUCUUCCUGCGUGGACCGCAAUCCUGCAAAGUUCCUGCGUUCUGGCUCUCUGUCCUGUUCACGAGCUGUGAGCGCUCAGUCUUGUGGAAGAGAUGGCGCGCUGAGCGUUCGUUCGUUCACUGGCUUCAGCCUCCUCAGGGUUCCACGUCUCUCAAAAGUGGACAUGCCAAAUCUAACGAUCCCAGUUAUCCCGUUGUCCAGCCAGCUUGAACCCAGUGAACAUAAUGGCUUCUGUGUGAAUGUGGUGUCAAAGGUGGAGUAUGUGAUCACAUACACGGGCGCAGGGGAGAUUACCGCGGCUACACUGAGAGCAGAGUUGGCUAACGCAAGUUUUGGCACCCAGCUACUGCAACAGCACACGGUGCAAUUUCAGUUGGCCACGCCGUCAUCACCUCCUUCUGGCACGCCAUUGGUGGGCUUGACGGUUGGGACACCAGUGAUUGGCUGGUUUGGCGAAGAGGCUCAGCCUCUGACGGUCCAGGGACUGUCUGUCGGAGGAGACUGUUCUACAGACCUGUUCAACCGAGCUCCCAUUCUGUUCACCCACAACGCCAUCACUGGCUGCACCUUCAGGUCUCCAUCCCGCGAUUGCGGCUCUCUUAGAGCUCAGCUCUACAGCGUUCUGUGUGGCGCCACGACCCCAGACAUGGUUGCCAUGACUGCAGGUUCACAGCCAGACUGGAGCAGGGUCAUUCUGCAGGACUGUCCCGAGCCCCCUCCAGGUGAGGUGUGUGAGACAGGCUGUCUCUUGCCCGUCUCCCUCUCAGUGCAAGUACUUUGGGCUCAGAGAGGACUGCUGGCAAUGCCGCAAAACCACAUCCUGGGGGCCAAAUACGUCUUCGGCUGUCAGAUACUGAAGUGUCCUGUCACUUCUCCUCUGUCCGUAACCACGGAGGUGAUUUUCUCUGACGCCACAGUUUACCCAGAAGCCCCCAGAGGUGAACCCCAACCCGAGUGGAAAUUCCCUUUUGCUUUUUUCACAGGAGGGGCGGGAGAGCUAGAUGGAGAGUAGCUGUGGCAAAACUAUGGGAAUGUGCUUCU